UCAAAACUUUUUCAGAGUUUUUACUUUGCAGCUUGAAACGAAAGCUCUAACUUCCAACCUAUAAUCUAAAAAUUUAGUUAUACUUCAUUAAGUAAUUAUUUACGAGUCGAGUUAUCCCGGUGAAACUCCCAGUAAGAAAUGUGAAAUCUCGAAUGUUUAAACAAUAUCUUGAUAUUUGUCCAGAGAAACGUCGCUGGUAGCCUUCACUGCUAGAAGACCUCCAGGAAAUAGGUUGGUACGUGCGACCUGAGGUCAAGUUUAGGCAUUUGCGUGUGGACGGCCAGAAAAAGCAGUCCGUUUGCUCUGGUAAAGAGGGCAGGUCCUCGACACGAUGCAUCUCUUCGGCCUUUUCGAUGCGUUUUUGACUGGGUUGCGAGUAGUGGCAUCGCCCGUAAUACGUCUUAUGUUGAUGCAAAUCUUAGCUGAUGCUCCCUACCAGUUCAACCAUCGCACCCUCCCUGAACCACAGUACGACUUCAUCGUAGUGGGAGCAGGAGCAGCUGGCAGCAUCCUGGCAGCGCGGCUGGCUGAGACAGACGCGCGGGUGUUGCUGCUGGAAGCGGGGGGGCCAGCGCCCCCCGAGACGUCGGUGCCGGGGCUUAUGCCGCUCACGCUGGGCGCCGAUGUUGACUAUCACAUUAAGCUGAACACCCCGCCUCAUCUCCAGCAGGGCUUCCAGGACAACUCUUCCUUCCUGAACAUUGGUCGUACGAUGGGUGGGGGAACGACCAUCAACGCGAUGAUAUAUUGCCGCUGCCAUAAGCUCGACUUUGACAGCUGGGCCAACCAAGGCAACCCAGGCUGGGACUUCGAAUCCGUAUUGCCGUACUUCAAAAAAUCCGAAAGAUACACCGGCAUCGUCAAUCCUAACACAGAGAAAUACCACGGAAGGGACGGACCAAUAAGCGUCGGGCCGGUGUCCUUCAACUCGACUGCGACGGAGGCCUUCCUGAAGGCUGGGAGAGAACUGGGGUACGACGUCGUGGAAGAGGUGGCACCCACCAGAUCAGGGUUCGUGCUUCAGUUGAACAGCAUUGAAAAUGGAGUGCGUCAGACGACGUCCGAAAGUUUUCUUCGGCCCAUCGUCAACAAGUCCAAUCUUUUCGUCUUGAGUGGAGCUCCUGUCACGAAGAUUUUAUUCGACGACAAUAAGAGAGCUAUCGGGGUGGAAUACUUUUUCAAUAAGAAGCACCGGCAAGUUCGCGCGCGGAAGGAAGUGAUCCUCGCCGCCGGUGCGGUCUUCUCGCCACAAAUCCUGAUGCUGUCCGGCGUCGGUCCUGCCCGACACCUUCAGGAAAUGGGCAUCAAAGUACUACAUAAACUCGAAGGGGUUGGACGCAACUACCAGGACCACGCCGCUAUCUACAACCUGCCAUUUGCUGUCACUGAUGGCGUCACUAACUCCAUUUUUGACUUCCUAAGUCCUAAGAAUCUGGUGGAUUAUAUUAAGCAAAAAUCAGGACCGUGGGCCCGACCAUUCGGAGUAGAGAGCCCGUCGUACGUCAAGCUGGGAGACGGGCCACUCGACUGGCCCGAUGUCAGCGUGCCUCUCAUGAACACAGCCCGCAGCAACCUGGGACUCAUCGUCGCUGUGUCUGAUGGAGACGAUCUCAGUUUGGAGACGUUCGACCGGCUGCUCGGGCCACUCAAGGGUCGGGACACGAUCGCCUUCGUGCCGAUGCUCCUGCGGCCCAAAAGCCGCGGUCGCGUCACUCUGAAAUCAACGAGUCCGUUUGUUCAGCCAAAUGUCGAUCCGGGCUUCCUCUCGCAUCCCGACGAUGAAGAAUUACUCAUUAGAGCGAUCCGGUUUUCUUUCUCCAUUGCCAACACCAACGCCAUGAAAGCAAUUGGAGCCAAAUGGCUUUCCAAGCCCCUGCGUGGGUGCGAGCAACACCCCGACACAUCAAAGUCCUACUGGCGCUGCUUCACCCGUCAGCUCGUCAGCUCCUUCUACCACCCCAGCAGCACAUGCAAGAUGGCGCCCAGCUCAGACCCAAUGGCCGUCGUAUCACCAGAACUUAAGGUGCACGGCUUGAAAAGCCUCCGUGUAGUGGACGCCUCCAUCAUGCCGCAGAUUGUAAGCGGCAAUACGGCGGCUCCGACGUUCAUGAUCGCUGAGAAAGCUGCAGACUUGAUCAAGAGGGACUGGGGGUAUCCAGUCUACCCGCCAUCUUGAUUCCGUCUUUAGGCUAAAAUAAAUAACUAUUUAACUGAGUAAUCAAUUAGUUAUUUCUUUAUAAUUUUUGCUUAUUGCGUUCCAGAAUAUCUGCAUUAAUUUUCCAUCUUGCAAUUGGAUUAAAAUUCAGUUAGACCGAACACAUCAUAUAAAAUUCUACGCAAUUUAUAAUAUUACCAGGCUCCCGCACUCUAGACCCUGGUAAAUUUUUCAUAAAUAUUGAAGUUACCGCUUGCUAGCCUGCUACUCAGCAGUAAGUUGGUACUUGGUAAUUCGAACUUAUUACAUACAUUUCGACUGUUGGUAUGGAAAAAAAUUAAAAUUAAAAAUCAGCUUUUUACUAGGCCAUAUUGAACAUAACAUUGCUGUUCUAAAUUCACUUCGAAUUCUUUCUUACGCAUUAUCAAUAAUUAAUACUGUUAAUAAAUAAUUGAAUGAGUUCCCAUUUUGUUAUAAAUAACGAACUUGCUUGUACUGCCCUUAGGAACUUAUGUGAUAUAUGCUUUCGACGCUGAUGUACAAAGUAGAUAUAGAUUUCUAACUUAGGCUGUGCGAGGGGCGAAUAUAAUCUAUCAAUUGCUCCAAUAAUCGAUCAUAUUUGCAGGCUAUCAGUUCAAUUGGAAUCAUUUGAUUAAUUAAAUAAUUCAGAAUAAGUUGUGUUGUGUAUAAAUAUAACAGAAAACUAAUAAUAUUUAAGCUGUGCUGAGUUUGGUGAAGAAUUUGCUGUGGUUUCGGUAAAGAAAUUUUGACGAUUGCUUCUACGCUUGUGAAUGAUGGGGCUAACCGAAAAAAAACUUUUUCUUGCUUGAUAACAACGAGAGCUUCAUAUCUACAGAAUAUCAUAUCAUUAGGAUAACAUAGUUUAAGACUGUCAUGAAAGUCAUAUUUAAUUACAUGAUUACUUUUCAAAUUUUG